AUACACGGAGUAUGAUUCAGUCUACUUCUGAUUGUCGGACAGUACGAAUCGCAUUCUAUUAAUAAUUCCCCUCAAUCUACUAAAAGCCCGUGGAAGUGUGUGUCCUGUAGUGCAAGAAAAUUUUUGCCUUUUGCUCAAUUUAAAUAGAAAAAUAUUUAGUGAGAAAACUUUUGCACUUUACCAUACAUUUGGACCAAAUAAAUCCUUGGAAUUUUCAUCCAAGGAACGGCAAAGAGUGUGUGGGAAGACGAACUGUGUGAGGGUGGUAGAUAGUGUAUGAGUGGAGAGGCUCUCGAGUGAAACUAAAACGACCUAAUAUGUCUUGGAGACUUGCGUACUCCAACAGCCGGUUAGACUCCACAGAUGUGACCACAGGGAGACAACUGCAGAGGAUUCUUCACUACUCCAUAACGCCAUGUCGACCCCUACCGACUCUCAGGCGUUCAGAAUGUGCCAUUCAUGACGUUGACUGUGAUGAGGUUUACCCAAAGAUUUAUAUUGGUGAUGCAGCGUCAGCUAAAAAUAAAACGUAUCUCCGUCUAAUGGGAAUCACGCAUAUAUUGAAUACGGCAGAGGGUUCACGUUUUGGUCAAGUGGACACGGGACACUCAUACUACAGAGAUAUGACCAAUAUGCGAUACAUGGGCUUCCCAAUGAUCGAUCAACCCACCACAGAUAUAUCGCGUUACUUCUACAUUGCAUCGAAGUUCAUUGAGAAUGCCGUGAAUGGUGGCGGCAAAGUGCUCGUACACUGUCUCAUGGGUAUGUCCCGGUCAGCCACGUGCGUGCUGGCCUAUCUCAUGAUUGCCCGCCAGAUGUCCGCCGAUGAGGCAAUCCGCACGGUACGGAUGCAUCGUGACAUCAGACCAAAUGAUGGCUUCCUCCAGCAACUUGCCGACUUGGACAAUGAGCUACGGCGGGAACGCUCCAAGGGACUCCUCAGGGAUGCACCCUCCCAUCAUCACAGAUUCUACUGAACAACAUGGAAUUAAUAAAAAAAAAAAAGAGAAAAAAAAAGAAAUUAAUCAUUAGCGUGAUAAGAGAUAUUUACAGAUUGAAAUCCUAAUAUAAAUUAUUAAGAAAAUGAAAUGAUUCUGUAGGAAUUUCUAAAACACUGACCUGCUUCUCUUCAAUUGGAUUUUACAACGAAAACCAAAAGAAUGUUCUCUAUUUAGGGCCUCUGUUCUGAUUGGAAAUCUUUUCUUUUCUUUGAAAAAAAAGAUUCUUUGAAGGAUUCUUUGAAAGAUUUAAAAAAAAUGGUAGUUUACUGUUAUAUAUUUUAAAAAAAAAAGAAAAAGUAAGAAAAUAUUGAAAUUCUAAUCGAAUUUAAAAAAAAAUCUUUUGGGAAUUUUUUUUAAAUAAAAAAAUACCGCUGUAUUGAUUUUAUAGUUCUUACGGUUUGUGUCCAGACUUUUUUUUCAUACGUUAUUGUUAAUUCCAACAAGAACCACAUAAACCAAUAUAAAAAAUACAAAAAGAAAAAUAAAAGAUUUCCAGCAGAAUCGUUGCCUAUAUUGGUAAAAAAAGGAUAUACCAAAAGAUAAAAAAGAAAAACUAUACAACAUCACCUAAGACAAAAACCAUAUUGAAAAAAAAUUCUGUAAUAUUUUUUUAAAAGAAUAAAGAAUUAUAUACAAUGAAACUAUACACAAGAGAAACAAAGAAAAUUAUUUACAUCCCACCCUAACUCCUCCAAAUAAAAAAUAAAUAAAAAUUCAAAAUAAAAUCAAUAAAACUGUACAAAAAGUGCUAUAAGAUCUGUAAAUAAACUAUACUUCAUAUUUUUUAUAUAACAUUAAACAAGAAAGAAAACUUUUAGUGGAGUAACUAAAAAUUAGUGAACCAAAAAUGUUACUGAAAAAAACCUUCAAUAAAAUGUGAAUGAAAUAAAUUUAAAAAAAAAAUGAAAAGAAAAUAUUUAACCGAUUUAAUCUUGUUCCAGAGUUCAAAGUUAGUUUCAUUAAUUUUUAAGGACAGCACGAAAGGAGCACGUGGGAGUGAUUGCAAAGAAAUUGAGAGUGCAAGUGGUUACAACAAAAAAAACUGAAUUUUGUAUGGCCUCAAGAGAUUUUACAAGAAAAAGAAAUCAAAGAAAAAAAUCUUUACAUUUGCCAAUACAUAAAAUGUGAGAAAAUUAUGUAUUAUACAUUUUUUUGAAUAAUAAAGAUGAAAAAAUAGAA